AAUAAAAUACCGACAGUUGGUAAAAAAUAUUCUCUAUACUGAUCUUCAAUUUGUUUAGUUGGUACUGCUAGAACAGGGUUAACGUAUCAUUUUAAGUGUUCAUUCCUCGCCUCUUUUGACGUGCUCCUUCGUGCAAGAUGACGAAGGGUACAUCCAGCUUUGGUAAGCGUCGCAAUAAGACGCACACAUUGUGCAGACGAUGUGGACGUAGUUCAUAUCACAUUCAAAAAUCACAAUGUGCACAAUGUGGAUACCCUAAGAAAAAGAUGAGAUCAUACAACUGGUCGAUCAAAGCAAAAAGGAGGAAGACUACUGGAACUGGUAGAAUGCGUCAUCUGAAAAUCGUUCGCCGUAAAUUCAAGAACGGGUUCAGAGAAGGUUUGCCAAAACAUAAAACUGUUGCUGCUAAAUAAUAUAAAAAACAUUCAUAAUGUUAAUAAGCUACAUAACUUUAACUUCCAAUAAAACAGAGUUUUGGAACGUA